CAACCUCCAAGCUUCAAACUUGGAAUGCAGAUGAGCCCAUGAGCCCGUGAGCGUGAGGGUGCUCCAACCCCCAUGACGUCGACCGACGACGCCGACGUGGCGCGCUUGACGGCCUUCGUGGCGCGCCUGGGCGGUGGUCACGCCGCGCGGAUCUUCCACCGGCGACAGGUGGGUCAGCUGUUCUUCUUCGAUGCGCUGAUGGUGGACCCAUCCUCUCAGGAGUCCUUUUUGGUGGAGUUGGUCACGUGCCACGAUCGUGAUCGAUCGAGAGAUGGCUUUCAAACGCAGCUGAUGUCAGAGAAGGAUGCCGAGAUGGCCUUGAAGGAUCUUCACGUGGGAGACGUGGUCGAGCUACUCACCUUCCACGCCCGGCCGGAGCUUCCUCGUGCUCCCUGCCAGCUGGCGUUGCAAGUGCAUCGACUGAAGUUGUUGGAGCCGUGGGUGCAGCUGGUGGGAAAGAUGGAGAAGCGAGAUUGGAUGGGCACAAAGUAUGCUUUUCACCGUCCCGUCUUCCACGACGCCAUCAACCAAUCCUGGUUUGAUACCUUGGACCAGCUGCACCUGCUGAAGCGCGAUGAGAAGCGGCAGAAAGCCGGCGACGGCCGCGGUCGCUACGAAGGAGAGGGCCAAGCUGAAGAGAACUGCGAGAGAGCAGCGACGCCGAACAGGAUGGACCGUGCAACUGCACACCUCGCAGAGGCUUCUCAUUGGGAAACCACUCGGCGCCAGCCCAAAGCUUUGGUGCAAUGCCACUUGCCGCAAGCGCAGCGGCUGGCAGACUAUCUCAAUGGGAGACCUUGGCAAAACAUGAGCGCGUUUGACAGAACUCCGGGCGUUUGACAUCCGUCGUGUCUCGUGCUUGUCACUUGACAGUUAGCAGCUUGAGCAAAUCACCACGUGCGUGAUGAUCAUCGGUUUGGACGCCAGAAGUUGCUCAUGGCACUCAUGAAGCGUUUCACAUGUUUCAAACGUUUUCUUUUUCUAGCGUGGACAUGUUCUAGUGGAGAUCUUGCGAGCAAAGACGACUGCAAAGGUUCGCUUCGUUUUGGGACGAUUAUUUUCGAUGUGAGGGGGCAACGAACAUCCCAG